AGCACGGUAAUUGUGGAGAAGACUGUGCAAGACCUGAUGAACCUGAUGCACGACUUGAGCGCCUAUUCGGAUCAGUUCCUCAACAUGGUGUGUGUGAAACUCCAGGAGUACAAGGACACCUGCACCCUUGCCUACAGGAGCAUUGUGCAGUCAGAUGAAAAGCUGGUGAUCAGCGCAUCCUGGGCUAAAGAUGAUGAUAUUAGCAGGCUCCUGAAAUCUCUGCCCAACUGGAGCAACAUGGCUCAACCCAAGCAACUGAGACCCAAGAGGGAGGAGGAGGAAGACUUUAUAAGGGCGGCUUUCGGCAAAGAGUCAGAAGUUCUCAUUGGCAACCUGGGAGAUAAACUCAUCCCUCAACAGGAGAUCCUGCGGGACGUCAGCGACCUGAAGGCCUUGGCCAACAUGCACGAAAGCCUGGAGUGGUUAGCAGGUCGCACCAAGGUGGCCUUCUCCAGCCUCUCAGCCACCCAGACUGCGUCUCCUGGCCAGGACAGCCAUGCCAGUAUGGAACACCUUCCUGCAUCCGAACAGAUCCUGCAAACGCUGAGUGAGCUGGCCAAGUCUUUUCAAGAGAUGGCUGAUCGCUGCCUGCUGGUUCUGCAUUUGGAAGUCAGAGUUCAUUGCUUCCACUACCUGAUCCCGCUGGCUAAACAAGGGAACUACGCCAUCGUGGCCAAUGUGGAAAGUAUGGACUACGACCCCCUCGUCGUCCGGCUCAAUAAGGACAUCAGUGCCAUUGAGGAAGCCAUGAGCGCCAGCCUCCAGCAGCACAAGUUCCAGUACAUCUUCGAAGGUUUGGGCCACCUUAUUUCCUGCAUUCUUAUCAACGGCGCCCACUACUUCAAGCGCAUCAGUGAAUCUGGCAUCAAGAAAAUGUGUAGGAACAUCUUCAUUCUCCAGCAAAACCUGACGAACAUCACCAUGUCACGUGAGGCUGACCUGGACUUUGCAAGGCAAUAUUACGAAAUGCUCUACAACACAGCAGACGAGCUCUUAAACCUCGUGGUGGAUCAAGGGGUGAAGUACACAGAGCUGGAAUACAUCUAUGCCCUGAACUUGCUGCACCGGAGCCAGACGGGUGUGGGAGACCAAACCACCCAGAACAUGAGGUUGCAGCGGUUGAAGGAGAUCAUUUGUGAGCAGGCUGCUAUCAAACAGGCCACCAAAGACAAGAAAAUCACCACCGUGUAAUCUGCUCCGUCGCUCGUAUGAACUGAGCAGCAGGGGCUGUCAGGUUGCAGGUCCAAGCCUCUGCAUUUCUGUUACAAUCAAACGCAAAAGCGCGUAUCUUCUGGGUGGCAUUAUACUAGUGAGAAGCAGAAUGCUAUUUGAGAUUUGGUUUUGGGGUUGUUUUGGGGGUUUUGAUGUGUAAUCGUGUAAUGUUUCCUUAAUGUGUUCUCCCAAGAGUGAUUGCACAGCAGGAACGGGCAUCCUGGUGGAGAUUUGGGUGGGCUACUUGGCUUUGCUCUGUUGCUGCUGCUUUGCCGUCAGAUGUAAGGCAAGCUGCUAUCUCUGGUGGGGUGGGAAAAGAGAUUUCACACUGGGUUAGGUCAGAGUCUUCAGUGGAAAUUCAGACCACGUGAAAGUAAACAGCACGAUGACAGUCAAGCACAGACCUGUUGGUCACAUGUGGGAACUUGAUGGUUUUGAAGCUGUUCCAACAGCGUUGCUGCACGGAGCCUGUUUCAGCCCUGCCAGUACUAUUCUCCGUGACAAUUGUAGAUGCUUUUAGUUUUCUGCUGUUUCCACUGCAAAGAGAUCUAGUUGCUUAUUCCUUCAGAUAGUGAUAAGCCAGUUCUCGUAGUGGGAGGCAGCAUGAGACCAUUUGUUUCCACUUCUACUUUUUCAUUAUCACAGAGCCAUAUGGCAUCGGUUUCUACAGCGCGUACUGCACUGGAUGAUGGUGGAUGUAGGAGAAAAUUGCCAAUAUAAGGUAAUAGCAAAACUUAAUUCUCUUUUUCUGAAUAUAUCUGUUGAGUCUCCUCAGCUCAAAAGAUAUUUUGUAAUCGUUAUUUGAUGUACUGGAAGGACAUGCAGGCUUGUGUAGCUCAGCACUAAUGAUCAGCAAGGGCAGGAGGAGGGCAGAUCCCAGCUCUGCAGUCUGAGGCGCGCUGGUCACCAUUUCUGCCCUGCCUUGACCAUUUAAAGCCACCUGGUAAAACGCUGAGGAGUUUAUACCAUCCCUCCAAACCAAGAAUACACUGCACUCAUAUUUGCCAAGUAAAUUCUCAACGCAGCUGGGUUUCACAUGCUGAGAUAGAUUCUCUCCGAGCUCUGUAACUGCUUGUCUGUCAGUCUUGAAAGUGCGAAAUAAAAGGAUAGUUAACGAUUCUUCAAA